UAUUUCCAGUACACCCAUCUGAUCAACCAUUGCAUAUAGAACCCCCACCCCUCCAUAUAAUAACAAGAUGUCUGAAGAUCAAAUGGAAAUAGAUAGCGCACCACCACCACCACAUACACACACACAUGUGCAUGAGCACGAACACGAGCCCGAAACCGAGGGGUCGGUAGCACAACAACCUGCUGCCAAACAGAAAUUUGAGGUGAAAAAAUGGACAGCAGUGGCAUUCUGGUCCUGGGACAUUGUUGUGGAAACCUGUGCCAUUUGCAGAAACCAUUUGAUGGAACCAUGUAUUGAGUGUCAGCCCAACACCUUGAACAAGACAAAUGAAGAAUGUAUUGCUGCAUGGGGUCAAUGUAACCAUGCAUUCCACUUGCAUUGUAUUUCUCGUUGGCUUAAGUCGAGAAAUGUUUGUCCGUUGGACAACAGAGAAUGGGCGUUCCAGAAGUUUGGUAAUUGA